GUCACUUCCAUUUGUCUGAGAGCCUGUAGGUCAACAGCAAUACCAGACAGAGGGCUUUGGUGGGUGUUUGCUUGAAAUUUGUAAUGAAAUUUCAGAUCUCUAGAGUAGCAUGUCCGAAUUCUUGCACGUUUUGGCAAACUCGGGGAAUCCGAGGCCCAGAGAGGUAAAAUGGUCAAAUGACCUGUCCACAGUCUCGGAGAGUAAGAGGUAGAGAUCGGACUUGAGGAGCUGGCAGUCUGGCAGAUGGCUGCCUCUGGGGUCUGGGGUGAUGAAGACACCGCUGGGACCCGCAGAAGGUGUCAUCUCAAGGCGAGCGGAGCUGAAAGCGACCUACCCGGGACCGCUGCGCUGGUUAGAGGCUGAGCUGGGGCAAGAAUCCAGGUGUUAGUGUGUUCCUCUUUUUCUUUUGAGUUCCUGUACCAGUCUCCGGGAUCUCAAGACGCUAGCAUAGCAGUUUGCUGAACCUGGUGUCCACUGACCAUUUGAAGAGCUAGUUAUCUGAGUUUCAGAUUCCGACAAUGUCUCAUCCGUCUUGGCUGCCACCCAAAAGUACUGGUGAGCCUCUUGGCCAUGUGCCUGCACGGAUGGAGACCACCCAUUCCUUUGGGACUCCCAGCAUUUCAGUGUCCACACAACAACCACCCAAGAAGUUUGCACCAGUAGUUGCUCCAAAGCCCAAGUACAACCCAUACAAACCUGGAGGUGAAGGUGAUUUUCUUCCACCCCCACCUCCACCUCUAGAUGAUCCUGGUGCUCUUCCGUCUGGCUCUGGAAACUUCCCUCCUCCACCACCCCUUGAUGAAGGUGCUUUCAGGGCACAGCAGGGAAAUCCUGGAGGCAAGACCCUUGAGGAGAGACGUUCUAGCCUGGAUGCCGAGAUAGACUCGCUGACUAGCAUCUUGGCCGACCUUGAGUGCAGCUCGCCCUACAAGCCUCGGCCUCCACAGGGCUCUACUAGUUCGACUGCCUCUCCUCCAGUCUCUACCCCUGUCACAGGACAUAAAAGAAUGGUAAUACCAAACCAACCCCCUCUAACGGCAACCAAAAAGUCUACAUUGAAACCACAGCCUGCACCCCAGGCAGGACCCAUCCCUGUGGCACCAAUUGGAACACUAAAACCCCAGCCUCAACCAGUCCCCGCCUCCUAUGCUACGGCGUCCACCCCUUCAAGGCCUGCCUUCAACGUGCAGGUGAAGUCAGCCCAGCCCAGCUCUCAUUACAUGGCUGCUCCUUCAUCAGGACAAUUUUAUGGCGCAGGCGCAGGACCCCAGGGCUAUAACACUCAACCAGUUUCUAUCUCUGGGCAGUGCCCACCUCCUUCAACACGGGGGGGCAUGGACUAUGCAUAUAUUCCACCACCAGGACUUCAACCGGAGCCUGGGUAUGGGUAUGCCCCCAACCAAGGACGCUAUUAUGAAGGCUAUUGCCCAUCAGGGCCUGGCUACGGGGGCAAAAAUGACUCUGAUCCAGCUUACGGUCAACAAGGGCAUCCGAAUACGUGGAAGCGGGAACAAGGGUAUACUCCUUCUGGAACAGGAAACCAGAACCCAGCCGGGAUGUAUCCAGUUACUGGGCCCAAGAAGACCUAUAUCACAGAUCCUGUUUCAGUGCCCUGCGCACCGCCACUGCAACAAAAGAGUGGACAAACAGGAUCCAUGGGGCCUCCAGCUGUUCCCCCUUCAUUCCGCCCUGAAGAUGAGCUCGAACACCUAACCAAGAAGAUGCUGUAUGAUAUGGAAAAUCCACCUGCUGAUGAAUACUUUGGCCGCUGUGCUCGCUGUGGGGAAAAUGUAGUUGGGGAAGGGACAGGAUGCACCGCCAUGGAUCAGGUCUUCCACGUGGAUUGUUUUACCUGCAUCAUCUGCAACAACAAGCUCCGAGGACAGCCCUUCUAUGCCGUGGAGAAGAAAGCCUACUGUGAGCCCUGCUACAUUAACACCCUGGAACAGUGCAGUGUGUGCUCCAAGCCCAUCAUGGAGCGGAUCCUGCGAGCCACCGGAAAGGCCUAUCAUCCUCACUGCUUUACCUGUGUCAUGUGCCACCGCAGCCUUGACGGGAUCCCAUUCACCGUGGACGCUGGUGGCCUCAUUCACUGCAUUGAGGACUUCCACAAGAAAUUUGCCCCCCGAUGUUCUGUGUGCAAAGAGCCUAUCAUGCCGGCCCCGGGCCAGGAGGAGACUGUCCGGAUUGUGGCUCUGGAUCGCGAUUUCCAUGUUCAUUGCUACCGGUGUGAGGAUUGUGGUGGUCUCCUGUCUGAAGGAGAUAACCAAGGCUGCUACCCUCUGGAUGGACACAUCCUCUGCAAGACCUGCAACUCCGCCCGCAUUAGGGUGCUGACGGCCAAGGCCAGCACUGACCUUUAAGUUCAGUUAGUUGGUGGCGCUGAGAAGAAUGAAACACAAGAAACAAGAUAAGAAAAGACAUGGGAAAAAUACAGGAAAGGCAAUCAAACCGUGGGAUGGUCUCUGUUCUUCGUCUAAUAUUAACCUUUCUUUAGAAACACAUAGAUUAUGAGAUUUUUUUUUUUUUUAAGUUCUCACCAAAUACACAUUUCACAUUUAAUCAUGUAGGACCUUGAUGGGCCUUUGUUCCCAAGGACUUCCACAUUUUUGCACGGAUUAUACUCCAUCCCAUUCACUUCUGCAUUCCUGUAACUUUUAAUCCCUAUGUUUGUCUCACUUUUCAUCUGGUUGAAUGGCUUUUUUUAGUGUGGUAUUUGCUGUCACACAGUAUUUUCCUGGGUGAGUCUGCCAACUCACAGGUGCUUUUAGGCUUGAAGGUCUCAUCCUAUCACUUCCACAUUGUCUGUGAUCAUAAAGGACAGCCAUUCUUUCUGUGUGUAUUGGAAAAGUACAUCUUUCUGUUGCUCGAAACAGGUCAUGUCCCUUGGGGUGGGGGGUGGGGGGUAAAAGUGUGCAAUGUAUAUGUUAGGCAACAAAGAAUUUAAGCUGUAAAUGACAUAGUUUAAAACAAGCGCCUAUUGAAUUUGCAACCAAAUUUGAUUGGAAAUUCAAAGUCUAUAGUGAUUUUGGUGCUCAGGGCUCAUUUGAAAACAGUUAUUGGUGAGAUCCAAACUUCAGUUUUUUUCUGAGGGAAUUACGGGUGGGAUAUGCUGGGGAAAAAAAAAUUGGGGGGUAUGUUUGAAAAGCCUAUUAUUAUCUCACAAUAUUAUCUUAAGAGUUUCCUUUUCCAUGCUACCUAGACCUAAUAAUACAGACAAAUUUUGUUUUCUAUAGAACAUAACACUUCCAAAACCAUCCCACUUUUCAUCUGAGAAAUAUUGCUGUAUUGUUUGUUUGUUUGUUUGUUUAUAAUAUCCAAACACAACUACCAAAGUUGAGUUUUUCCAGGAAGAAUAUUGCUUAUAAAGAACUGUUCAUAUUCUUCCUUUUUUUCCCCCAGGCCCAGGUCCUUUUUGCCUGACAACUGCAAAUCAGAGCACACAUAAUAAAAUCGUGUAGUUUGUUUAGUUUACUUUUAAAAAGACAGGAAAGCUUGAAAAGAUUGUGAAACCUCAGUUUCAUUACUCUUGUAAUCCUGCUAUAAAUCCAAUUACAUAUUGCAGGAGACAUUUUCAUAUCAUCGAUGUGACAUUUACACCACGCUUUCAGACAAUCGCUGAAAAAAAAAAUUGCUUUUCUGAGCUAAAAAUAUGCAAAGUCUCUGCCUGGAAUCUUUAUUCAAACUCUUACUGGGCAUUGAAAUGCUUGCUUGCCAACUGCAGAACCAUUCUUUUGGGUUCUAACUCGUUUCUUUUAAAGAGAGAUGCCCAUCUUAAUAAUGGCAGGUUGCCAUUUGUAAACUAGUCAAGUAUUUUGGAUUGAGAUUUCUUAAACGUUUCUUCAAAUCUUCCACAAGUAUAUACUUUUAAAUGAUGAAGUAUUUUAAAUAUACACAAAAGAAUAAAUAAUAAUAUAAUGAAUCCCUGUAUACGUGACACCAGCUUAAGAAAUCAAAUAUAACAGAUACAGAUCCAUUCCCUUGUGCACCCGUCCCUGAUUCCACAAAUAGCUUUCCCCUGAUUAUAAAGUGAUAAAGUCAAUUUUCUAGUCUGACUUUUAUUUUAAUUUUUAACACUCAGAACAUAAAUGAAAAAUUAUUUGUGCAUGUUUUAAAUUAUAACCCAUGCCUCAGGAAUUCCAAUUACAUUUAUUUUACUUCAGUAGAAAUAAUUGUAAAACUGGUUUGAUUUUCUUGUUUUCAAUAAGAAAUUCUUAAGCCUUUGGUCCUUAGCUUCAUCUAAGUUAAUUCGCGGCUCAUUCGCCUUGCUCACCCAAUAGUUUUGUGUUAGAACUGCCGACGUUAUGGCUUUCCAAGGUUUUCCCAGAAAACUUUGUCCUUUCCUUACUUUGCUACUCUUGUCAUUGGUCUUUUAUAUGUUUCUUAAUGUGAAAUACAAUGGGAUUCAUUUUGGGCAGCAUGUGAAUUUUAGGAUACAAUAGUGACUGUAUCUCUGAAUUUCUGUCUUCCAAGUUCAAGAUCAGACCAUGCUGAUGAUCUCAAAGAGCACUGAGUGUUGGGCAGUUGGAGAGAGAAUACAAUCUGUUUGAAUUGCUCCAGCAAUUUGUUGUCUAUGAAAUACUUGGGGGAAAUUGUGUUUAGGCCAAAAGCCCAAUUUAUUGAGAGAUGGAUGUUAUCUCUUGAAGUGCAGUCAUAUUAUUAUAAAUUUUGCCAAAAGAGGAAAAUUUAGGAAAUAUUUAUGCUAUAAAGAUGCAAUAACAUUCUACUUGUUUGCUACAUUUAAGUCCUUAUGUAACUAAAUGUUUACAAGCCAAAACAUUUUAAAAAGAGAGAGAGUUAUAAGAAAAUGCUGUCACAGACCCAUCACUGUGGCAUUGCCAGAAGACUGCUUGCUUUCAAUCUUUAUAGUACAUUUUUAUCACAUAACCUCAGAGUAUCUUUACCAAAGAGUUUUAAAGUAAAUCUCUUUUUAAUAUAGACCUAUUAUACUUUUAUAAUAAUGAAUGUGCACACAUACAUAUGCAGAAAUAUUUAGAUUUAGAUUUCUUUUCUUUCACAAGGUAUAUUAAGGAAAGGAUCCUACAUAUUUUAUUCCGGGAUUUCUUAAUUAUAUGAUUUAUAUUGCUUUCUUGUCUUUUCUAUUAAUCAUUUGGUUUAAACAAUGCCAAAUCACUCUUUACUGUUCUAGUUACGUGAAAUUUUGCCUAUAACAGAGAUAGAAAGAUCAAACUACCUUAACAAUUAUAAUUCUUUUGUCUUUUGAUAUAUCGUCUUGAUUGUUAUUUAAAUUCAUAAAUAAUAGAAAAAUUAGAGUUUCUAAGAGAAAGUUUGUUAAAAUAUACUGGCUUUAAACAAUGGUCAAGAACACAAAUACUUGGUAAUUCCGUAUAAUGAGAGACAUGGAAGGGGGGAGGGAAACCCACUAUGUCACGGGCUCUGCACACCAUUUCAAAAUCAGGUAUCUUCACUGUCUGGAUCCUUAGCUCAUACGGACUCCAUGUGGAGUCUCAUUUGCAAGCAAAAUUGCAUUUAAAACUCAAAACAAAGUCAUGUGUCCCAACAUGAGGCAUUAAGGCUUUGAGAUGCUGGACAUCUCUGCAGCUCAAAGAUGCAAGUUCUUUUUCCUGUCAUUGACAAAUGGCUUUUGUAGGGGCACCUUCUCUGAUCAAAAUUACUUUAUUGGCUGUCUGUUGGCUAAUGCAGCAGAGUUAUCAACACUGUCAUUGUUUCCUCACCAGGAAAGAUUCUGCAGAGAUGUUUAUGGUGAUGUUUAAAGUGUAUAAAACUCUAUGUUUAGCCAACUAUUUUUAUUUGGGUUCGGAGGAAGAAAGAGAGCACUUUUACAAUGGGGCUAUCCUAGAGGGUUUAUAGACUAAAGACAGGGCUCUGAAAACACAACCUAGAACAGUUUUCCUAGUUAGUAAAAAAUCCUAUUAAUGUGAACCAGCCAGGAAUAACAGUGUUAUUUCUAUUUGAUAUGGUUUGGGCUUCUCUUGUCAAAUCUGUGUCGGCUGCCCCCUGAUCCCUCCAUUAUCAAGUUUUGAAGGGUGUCGGGGAAAUUAUAGCAGCUGCUAGGGAGAUCAGGGAAACACUGAUGUAACCUCACAGCCUCUCACCAUUCCUCUUGGCUUGGAAAGGCUUCUUUUUCUCAUAUACAUUUCUAGAAAUAUUGCCAUUCUACCUUAGUAUUUCACAUUUGUAGUUUAAACAAGUGAUUGUCCAUCUGUUCCCUAGAGCUACAGUACAUGUGUGUUAUGAAUGAAAUAUGACAGCAUGUUCCAUACCCUGCUUUAGCCAUCUGUAGGAAAUCAGUAGGCUGAAAAAGAUAUACCUCUGCAAAAUGUGCCUGAAGUCCCUUUCCUGAGACCGCUCUCUUGGUGCACUUUCAUGGAAGACAAUCAGAGAGCAACAUGUAUGUGUGCCUUCUGGUUAAAGCCUCAUUACACUACUAUGAAUAUUCCACUGGAGAGGCCGUAACAUAAAUAAUAAUGUCCCAAGUUUCCAAGACACACUCAUCAAAAAUGGAACACAAAAUCCAGAGAAGUGUGAACUCUUUAUCUUAAGGUCUUCUCAUAGCAUUUCUUUUCUCCCUGUCUCUUGGAAGUACCUUACAGAUUCCUAAAUUAAAACACGUGUAUGCCAGAAGGUGAUGUUUGGAACGUUGUUAGGGAGUAUGUUUGGUCUUAACUCUGGUUUUAGUCAGAUAGUGAAGAUCGACUUCAGUUUGAGCCUUUGCCACCCAUUCAGACUAGCCACUUUUAGUAAUGAUCAUAGCGUUUUGGUUUGUCUGUUGUUUUAAGUUAAUAGUGGCCAGAACAAGUUGAGAACAAUUUAAGUCCUGAGUCAUUAAUAUGGGACCACGGUGGACAUUUCAGGUCAUUAUUUUCAUGACAGAUAACGAGAACGAAGCUUUUCUCAAGAGACUGUUGUCUGCACAGCUUAAUGCAUAUUAUUUCAAACCUUUAAAAUAUUAUCUGAUUAAACCUCCAUGGUUUGGUGAGAAUUCUUCCUCUUUCCCUCUUUACCUCCUCUUCUCCCUCCUUUUUUUCUUCCUGAAUUUCUUUCUUACAUUCUUUCCUUCUUUUCAUCCUACCUAUUAAUGUUAUUGUGCUUGGACUUUCCAGAAGUAAAUUCUAUUAGUGCAUUCUGAUCUUUACAGAAUUAGGAUCAUAUUAAGGGAAGAAGGCUACCGUCAAAUAUGCAUGGCAUCCAUAAAUCCUUCCUUUACAAGGGUGUAUUUUCCAGAUUGUGUUUAGUCAUAAAGUGAGAUGAGAUAAUAGAGUCUUUCAGUUUUAUUUGAAUGAGUUUUCAUCGGGGACUCAGAUCAUAGAGUUCUUGGCAAAUUCAUUUAUGACUGCCCUACUUUUCUCAGCUACAUGCAAAGUGAUCUUUCUAAGACUAGGUUAAGAAUUAAAAAAAAAAAAAA